CCGAUUAUCUAACAGUAUAUAAUUAUAAUGAGCUAAAAUUUAACAAAAAUAGUUCAAACAAAUUUGACUUAAAAUGCAAUAUUUGUAAUAUGGCAGGUCAAGAUGACAGAGCACCUGUAGCAAGACUUGCGUGAUUGUAGGUGUAGAAGUCAUUGUGGAAGACUUGCUUAAUUAUAGGUUGACUUAUGAUUAGCAUGAUUAUAGGAAUAGAUUUUUCUCUUGACUAUUGUAUUAUAACUACAGCUUCUUUCUCUUGUAAAGAUAACUUGAAGUAAUAAGGGUUAUACAUAUUGCUCAAACGUACUCUCUGUUUACACAAUUUAGUAAAAGAUUAUAUUCUGCCGACAUGUAUUAACAGCGUUGGUGCAGAGUGCCAGUAAUGGCAGGGAGUUCUGCCUUGUAAUAAAGGAAAUUAUGAGCAACUUUUGUGAGGGAAAGUCAGGUAGUAGACUUUCUUUGCUGCUAGCACAACAUAUAUAUAUAUAUAUAGACACACACAAGAAAUAUGAUAUACUUAAAACUACAUUGAAAACAUACACAAUGGGAUUGCAAACCUUGAAGAGAGCGUUCACAGUUGUUUCACCAUCCAUUUUCCUUGUGCUUAUUUUGUUUCUUAUUGUUGCCUCUGAUUCUACUGAGGAAGCAAGUGCUCUUCUUAGAUGGAAAGCCAGUCUUCAUAACCAAAACCAGCCUCUACUGCCUUCAUGGUCCAUUGUCAAUUCAACCAAAGCGAGUCCUUGCCCUUGGUUCGGAGUUUCUUGCAACAGUGCAGGAAGCAUCACUAGCAUUAACCUUACAAGUUGUGGCAUACACGGUACGCUCUACAACUUCUCAUUUUCAUAUUUCCCCAAUCUCUUGUACUUUGAUCUUAGUAUGAAUGACUGCUAUGGUUCCAUCCCGUCCGAACUCAAUCAGCUCUCCAACCUCAUCCACCUUGAUUUUUCGAGUAAUCAAUUUUCAGGACAAAUGCCGCCUACUCUUGGCCAGCUAACUCAUCUUAAGGCUGUUUACCUCUUUGAAAAUCAACUAAAUGGUUCAAUUCCUCAAGAAAUUGGUCAGCUAAAGUCCCUCAAUGAGCUUGUCCUGUACAGCAACAAUCUAGGUGGAGCCAUUCCGACUUCUUUAAGCAAUUUGAGCAACCUGACUCUCUUGCUUCUGUACAAUAAUUCGCUCUCUGAUUCUAUCCCACAUGAACUCAGUAAGCUCUCCAAGCUUGACUACCUUGAUUUGUCAACUAAUAAACUAACAGGGCAAAUUCCGCCUGCAAUUGGCAUGUUAACUCAUCUUGAGGUCCUUCAGUUGUAUAAAAAUCAGCUAAAUGGUUCCAUUCCUCUGGAAAUAGGAAAUCUGAAGUUUACUUUGGAUCUAGAUUUGAGCAACAAUCAACUCAGUGGUCAAAUUCCAACAUCAUUCGGUGGUCUAACAAGUCUAACUUCUCUCCUCCUAUAUAAUAAUACUCUAUCUGGUUCCAUACCUAAGGCCAUUGGAAACUUGAAGUCUCUUGUCCACUUACAGUUGAGUGGUAAUCAACUUAAUGGUUCACUUCCAGCUUUCCUCGAAAAUUUGAGCAAGUUAGAGGUCAUUCAGCUCAUGAAAAAUGAGCUUUCUGGGUUCAUUCCGGAAGGGUUGGGAAAACUAAAGUCCCUUGUUUCCUUGGAUUUAAGCGAAAAUGAAUUAAAGGGUUCUCUUCCAACUUCACUGGGGAAUCUAAGCAACUUGAAAAAUUUUCAAGUAAGCAAUAAUCACCUUUCUGGGUUCAUUCCUAUAGAGUUGGGAAAGCUAAAGUCCCUUGUUUCCUUGAAUUUAAGUCAAAAUGAGUUGAAGGGUUCUGUUCCAACUUCAUUGGGGAAUCUAAGCAACUUGGAAUUUUUUAGCAUAAGCUAUAAUCAUCUUUCUGGGUGCAUUCCUGAAGAGUUGGGAAAACUAAAGUCCCUUGUCAUCUUCGAUGUAAGUGUAAAUGCAUUAACCUGUUCUGUUCCAACUUCAUUGGGGAAUCUAAGCAACUUGGAAACUUUCCGUGUGAGAGCUAAUCAACUCUCUGGACCCAUUCCCCAAGAAAUAGGGAAUUGGACCAAGUUGCAAAGGCUUGUUUUGGGAGAAAACCUAUUCACGGGUUACUUACCCAAAAGUGUUUGUAGUGGCAGAUCACUCCAGUAUUUUGGCAUAAGUAAUAACAAUUUUGUUGGUGCAAUACCCAAAGACACGAAGUACUGCACAAGCUUGUCUAGAAUCCGUCUUAACGGCAACCAACUUAAAGGGCAUAUAGAUAUAGACUUUGGAGUCGUUCCAAAUUUGACGUUCAUUGAUAUAAGCAACAACCAAUUUUUUGGAGAAAUCUCAACCAAAUGGGGUAGAUGCUCUCAAUUAGCUACUCUAUGGAUUGCUGGGAAUAACAUUACUGGUAAGAUACCUCCAGAGAUUGGAAAUUGGACUCAGCUACAUGAUCUUGAUUUUUCUAUGAAUCACAUGGUCGGGGGGAUCCCGAGCGAGUCGGGAAAGUUGACUAAUUUGUUGAAUCUGAGGUUGAAUGGAAAUAAUCUUUUGGUCGUAUUCCUCCUGAGUUCGGAUCACUUACAGAUCUCCAAGUUCUCGACUUAUCAGGGAACAGAUUGAGCAACAUACGUGACAAUAUCGGAGCCUUGUUGAAUCUCCAUUACUUGAAUUUGAGUU